AUAAUAUAUGAAAUUUAUGGCAGUAGAAUCUUGGAAAAGGCCAUUCUCCUUCUUAUCCUGAAAGAGUCAACAUAGAAAAUUAGAGAGAUGGAAAACAAAACUCAAGAGGAAGCUUCGACCAUCAAUGUUUCAUCUCUUACUUGCAUAGAUCUCGCCAACACCAAUCUUCAUCAAUCAGCUGAUGCGCUUAAGCAGGCAUGUCUAGAUUGUGGAUUUUUCUAUGUCACAAAUCAUGGUAUUAGUGAGGAGUUAAAGGACGAGGCUUUCGAGCAAAGCAAGAAGUUCUUUGCUCUUCCUUUGGACGAGAAAAUGAAAGUCUUGAAAAACGAAAAGCAUCAAGGCUAUUCACCCGUCCUUAGUCAAAUCUCUGAUAACCAAAUCCAUGGGGAUUACAAAGAAAGUUUUUUCAUUGGAAUCGAAAGCUCCAACGAUACACCAUUCUGUCGCGCUAACAUUUGGCCUAACCCUGCAGAUGUUUUGCCGGGAUGGCAGGCGACCAUGGAGAAAUACCAUCAAGAAGCAUUGAGGGUUUGUAAGGCUAUUGCUAGAGUACUGGCAUUGGCGCUCGAUGUGGAUGGAGAUUACUUUGAUAAACCAGAAAUGCUGGGAAAUCCCCUCGCAUUUAUGCGCUUGCUUCACUAUGAAGGGAUGUCUGAUCCCUCAAAAGGAAUAUAUGGAUGCGGCCCACAUUCUGAUUUCGGAAUGAUGACUCUCUUAGCAACCGAUAGUGUAAUGGGGCUCCAGAUAUGCAAGGAUAGAGACGUGAAGCCUCGGAAGUGGGAAUAUAUACCAUCGAUUAAAGGCGCAUAUAUUGUGAAUAUUGGUGACUUGCUGGAGCGUUGGAGCAACGGCAUUUUUAAAUCCGCAUUGCAUCGGGUACUUGGGAAUGGUCAAGACCGAUAUUCCAUUGCAUUUUUUCUGCAACCGAGUCACGACUGUAUAGUAGAAUGUCUUCCUACCUGCCAGUCAGAAAACAACCCUCCCAAAUAUCCAGCUAUCAAAUGUUCAACGUACCUCACCCAACGUUACCAGGAUUCACAAGUGGAUUUGAGCAUCGACAAAAAACAGACCUAAGUGAAAGUCUUUUUUGGAAUUUUUUAGAAAGGUCCAAUCCCUUCCCACUAUAUAUGAAUGCUUUGGUGUUCUAGUUGGGCUCGUUGUUAAGCGUCUUGUUAUGAGGUUGCUCAUCAAGCUCUCUAUACCUUUUUAAUGGGAACCUAUUGGAUUAAUUAGAAGCAUCUAUUAAAUC